AGCUGUUUGUCACGACUGGACGAGCUUCACCCCGUGGGCGUGUUUUGUUUUCAGACAAGCUGGGUUUACCGUAAAACCAGGGAGCGGGUUGACCUGUAACUGGCAAGACCGAGGAUUAUUUUUGACGCCAGGUAACACGGGAUAAGACGGCCGUGCCGAGACACCCUGCGUAGCUGAUAAGAGUUUGUUAUCGUGAGACGUUUGUCCACGUUACUGAUUUAGCUGGCGUCAAAUUAAGGGCUAACAGCCACGGAACCGAUCCGGUAUGUCGGGGUUGACGGGCAGUACAACAAAUUACCUGUGGUCUUUACAGGAUGUCCUCGGGCAAGGGGCCACUGCCAGUGUAUACAAAGCACGCAACAAGAGGUCGGGUGAGCUUGUAGCAGUCAAAGUGUUUAACAUGAUGAGCUACAACCGCCCCCAUGAGGUCCAGAUGAGAGAGUUUGAGAUGCUGAGGAAGCUCAACCACAGCAAUAUUGUCAGGCUGUACACCGUGGAAGAGCUGCCCUCGAAGCAGAAGGUGCUGGUGAUGGAGUAUUGUCCAGGAGGAAGUCUUCUCAGCCUGUUGGAGGAGCCAGAAAAUGCCUUUGGCCUGCCUGAAACGGAGUUCCUCACUGUAUUGCAGUGUGUGGUGCAGGGGAUGAACCACCUGCGUGAAAACGGAGUGGUACACCGGGACAUUAAGCCAGGCAACAUCAUGCGGCAGGUCGGGGAGGACGGCAAGUCUGUGUAUAAGCUGACGGACUUUGGAGCAGCAAGAGAGCUGGAGGAUGAUGAGAAGUUUGUGUCUAUAUACGGAACUGAAGAGUAUCUGCAUCCGGACAUGUAUGAACGCGCUGUGCUGCGUAAGGCGCAUCAGAAAUCCUAUGGAGUCAGUGUUGACUUGUGGAGUAUUGGAGUGACAUUUUACCAUGCUGCUACUGGAAGUCUUCCCUUCACACCGUAUGAAGGACCCCGCAGGAACAAGCCCAUCAUGUUCAAAAUAACUACAGAGAAACCUAUGGGUGCAAUAGCUGGAAUACAGCGGGUAGAGGGCGGACCUAUAGAGUGGAACUACCACUUACCUCACAGCUGCCAACUGUCACAGGGUCUGAGGGUGCAGCUAGUUCCAGUGUUAGCAGGUAUACUGGAGGCUGACCAGGAGAGGUGUUGGGGUUUUGACCAGUUCUUCACUGCCACCACAGAUAUAUUGCAGCGUCAGCCAGUUCACCUCUUCUCUCUGCAGCAGGCCAUGGCGCACUGUAUCUAUAUACACCACUAUAACACGGUGUCGGUCUUCUUUGAGGAGGUGGCGUCUCAGACUGGUAUAGGGGUUCAGCAGCAACAUCUGCUGUACCUGGGGCAUGAACUCCCUCUGGAGGGCAACAUGAAGGUGGUCAACCUCCCACAUACUUCACCUGCCCGGCCCCUCAUUCUGCUCAACUACGGGCCUGAAGCAAACACCAGCCUGCCCUUCAGAGAACCAGAGACUCCUGUCAUCCCAUCCAGGUUUGACGUCAUAGCAGAUUACAAUUUCUCCAAGGUAAUCGUAGGAGUGGUCCAUCAGUAUCUGAGGAUAAUACAGUUGUUGCACACACACCGAGAGCUGCUACUGCAAGGAUACUACAGCUACAUGAUGAGGUUGCGCAGGGAGUGUGGAGAAGCCAUUCACAGUAUUGCGAUGAUCACCAUUAGACUGCAGUCCUGCCUCAACUUAGAACACAGAAUUCACACACUUGGCUAUUACACUUCAGAAAACCAAGGCUCAGCUGAUAACAGUCGGAAGCUGCAGCUGGUCCAUGAGCACCUACCUAUAUACGCUGCGGGCAUCCAAGAGUUUCAGAACCGACUGGACCACCUGCAGAUAGAACAGGCCAAGCUAGCAGAGACCCUGGCCAAUGACAGGAGCUGUCAGAAGAUGAAGAUGCUCCUGCAGAAGAUAAUGGCAAUUCAUCAGCAUUAUCGUAAAGACAGACUUACUGGCAAGUUGGCAUAUAAUGAUGAACAAAUCCACAAGUUUGAGAAAAUCCACCUGUCGUCCCACAUUAAGCGAGUGAAAUCUCUCCUAAGAGAGGACUGCGUGCAGAGAUACAAAGAGCUUUUAGCCUCGACAAGGACAUGGAGCAGUGUUUUACUGGAGAUGCAGACCCGGCUGCAGGACUUCAACUCUUUCUCGACAGGCUUGUUGGCAGACCUGGAGAUGAGUGAGCAGCACCAGAAUAAAGCGCUGGACAGAAUCCUUUUCACUCUGCAGUCCAAAAGAGCAGGACAGCAGCCUGGAAUCGCGUCCAAGGACAAGGACCAGAUGGUCUCCAGGAUGAACCAUCUGAAGGAGGAAAUGGAGAUUUUGGUGAGGGAACUACAGAGUAACAAUACGAUUAUAGAGAGUUUGGGAGCAGUGAACUCUGCAGCAGCUCUUAAACCAAACUUGGCCAGACCUUCUACAGCUGUGACAAAAGUGCAGCAUCUAUGCAUGACCGACUGUAAUUGAUGUCACAGUAUAUGAAGAGGAAGCAACUGAAGACAAUCACUAUAAUGUGAAUCUCAAUUUAAAAAUGAGAUGCAUAGACUGGAGGAGGAAAUGCUACUGAUGAAUUUUUGUGUGUGUAUGUGUUGUUGUUGUUGUUCAAUACAAACCUCAUUUAUGCCUUUAGUGUUAUUGUAUUUCUAAUAGGCUGCCAAAGUGAUGGACUGUCAAGAUAAAGAAAUAAAUGCCAGGUCAACUGCUAGAGUA